UCUCUAUGGAGCUCUGGGAGGGACUGGGUGAGAGGGGGCGGAGGCCCCGGGGGAGGGAUGUGCUAUGGGGGACACUGGGUGACAGGGAUGACAGGGGCGUGGGGCUACUCUGUUUCUGCUUUAUGACAUUAACCCUGCAUUGUCACAGAUAUGGCUGUCCGUUGAUCAACUUGGUUAUGUUUGCAGAAACGAGAUGCGCUCCGUCCAACGUGGGAUGGAUGCCGUCUCUCUUCAUCAGAUCAGGCUUUCCCCAGAUGGUCUGAUUUGAAAGCUUUUCUCCAUGAUCUUCUUCCUGUGCUGUGUCUGAAUGGAGAAGCCGGAUUCCCCGGACACGGCUCGCCCAUCAGCGCCGGGUGCAGGGCUCGCCGAUGAUGAGGUUCCUGUCUCCACGGCGGCGAGGGCCGAGGGAGCCGUCAGCUCCAAACUCUUUAGGUGUGCGUGUGUGAGACGAUGGCUGCCGCUGGCCUACCGAGAGGAACUCUACCACGUCGUCCUUCUCACAUGGCCACUGCUGCUGUCUCGGAUUCUGAACUUCCUCCAGCAAUUUGUUAUCAGCGUCUUCUGCGGUCACAUCGGCAAUGCAGAACUGGCUGGAUACGCUCUGGCCUCAGCGAUGAUUAACGUGACCACAAGCGCAACAGGCUAUGGCCUCUCCCUGGCCUGUGACACGCUCAUUUCUCAGACAUUCGGCAGUGGGAACAUGAAACGUGUGGGCGUCAUCCUCCAGAGGAGCUCAUUGAUCCUGCUGCUGUUCUGCCUGCCCUGUUGGGGUCUUCUCAUCAACACUCAGAACCUGCUGCUCAUCAUGCACCAAGAGCACGAGGUGGCCAGAAUCGCCCACCUCUACGUGAUGGUAUUUCUUCCAGCCGUUCCAGCCAUGUUCCUGCACAAUCUGCAAGUUGCCUACUUACAAAACCAAGGGAUCAUUCUGCCUCAGCUGUACACAGCAGCAGCAGCAAACGUAGUUAAUUUGGGGGUCAACUACGUUUUAAUUCACAGCCUCGAGAUGGGAGUCAUUGGAUCAGCAAUAGCUAACAGCCUCUGUCAGAUCACUAUCUGCCUGCUGCUCUACGGCUACAUCAGAUGGAAGAAGCUUCAUCUGCCUACAUGGGGAGGCUGGUCCACCGCCUGUCUGCAGGACUGGGGCUCCUAUAUGAAGCUGGCUAUUCCCAGUACAUUCAUGGUCUGCUUUGAAUGGUGGGUCUGGGAGAUUGGAGGUUUCCUUGCUGGUGUACUGGGCGAGGUGGAUCUGGCUGCCCAGCAUGUGAUGUUGGAAAUAGGAGCCAUUACAUUUAUGUUUCCUCUAGGUGUCCAUGCAGCUGCCUGUGUGCGUGUUGGGAACGCUCUGGGGGCCGGGAACACGACCAGGGCCAUAAUCACAUGCAAAGUGGCGCUGGUUCUGUCAGGGGCGCUUGCUGUGUUCCAGGGUAUUGUCCUCGUGGGCUGUAAGUCCGUUGUUGGCUACAUAUUUACAUCUGAUGAAAACAUUGUGGAGAUUGUCUCCGAUAGCCUCACAGUCUACACAUUCCUACAAUUCUUUGAUGCUAUUCUGUGCGUCUGCUCAGGGAUUCUUAUUGGAGCUGGGAUGCAGAAAAUUGCGGCCUUGUCCAACCUGGUGGGUUACUACUGCAUCGGUCUGCCGGUGGGAAUCGCUUUGAUGUUUGCUGCCAAGCUCAGAAUAUUAGGUUUGUGGAUCGGCAUCUUGACAUGCGUUUUCUUCGAGACGGGUUUCUUCCUCUUUCUAAUCUUCAAACUGAACUGGAAGAAAGUCUCAUACAAGGCUCAACUGCGAGCCGGAAAGAAAAUGGUGGUGAUGCCAAAGAGGCCAGGAAGAACACUGCUGAGUGAGGCGAUGAUCUCAGACUUCCCCGAUACAGCCCAGUUGGACGGUAAAGAAGCUCCUAAAACGGAGGGCUACAGUCCAGUCAACAGCCAGGACCAGGAGCUGAAAGCGGGUCACGAGGCCAACAACACGAAUACAGGAAGAGCCGAGGCGGAUGCCGAAAGUACCAAAAAGACUUCAAGCACCAAAACUCUGACGCUGCUUUCUGUCACCGAGCUGAUCUUGCGCCGGGGAUUCGUCUUCUUGGUUUCGGUUCUCAUUUUAGUUUCAGGUGUCGCUUGUCACAUUGCUUUCCCUGUACAGGAGGCCUCCAUUCAGAGCAGGUUCAACUUGACCCAGAACUGGACUAAUGACUCUAGUCUUACAACGCUGACUCCACAGGACCUGACCCUAAAGCUCGGUCUUUGACCUCUGGAUGUAGACAUCUAGCUGCUGAACACAAGUCUCACACACUGACAAUGUAGGUCUCCUGGUGAGUAAAGUGUUGAAUGUAUAGUCUACUUGAAGACCGACAUGGGAUACCUUGUGUGUGAUACAAAUUACAUAAAUCCACCAACACUAUUAAAAUAGUAAUAAACCCAAUGACCAGGUAGCUCCAUGCUAUAAUACACAUACAUGGAUAAUGCAAAGGCCCACAGGGCUCAGACAGACCAUCAUUACAUUCCUCUUAAUAUGAAUCAGAACAAUAUCAAACCUUUUGGUGUCUGUCGCCAUCUGGUGGCCAUUCACAGUAUUAGGGGCCUCGGGUCGGCUGAACGUGGAAGUAAAGUUGAAGCCACAAUAUCACCUGACUUUUUGGUGGAUUAUGUAAACAUGUAAAUAACAAAUUAUCUGACAUUUUGGGGCAAAAUAAAAUGUUUCCUCGGUGAAA